UCUCGAUGGAACGUUACAUUCGUUUAAGUGCUCUCUCUAGAUUAUAGUAUUGUUGAUUAAUUAUGGGAGAUAGAUUGGUAAUCGUAGGCGACUGCGGUGGCACCAACACGCGCCUAUCACUAUGGAGUAUACCCGCCGACGCUCCGGAACCCAAAAGGAAAGAAAAAGCUCCAGGCACAUUACAGUUCGACAAUAAAUACCAGAAUGAGCAACACAAGAACUUCUUGGACAUUAUGAAGUUGUUCCUAGAAGAGAGUAAGACUUCCGAGACCCCUGUGGCGGCAUGCUUGGCAUGUGCCGGUCCCAUCCUCGAUAACACCGUUAGCUUCACAAACAUAAAAAACGGUUGGUUCAUUUCGGGUAGCGCUCUGGAGAAGCAGCUGAACAUUAAUAAGGUACUUCUUGUGAACGAUUUCACUGCCAUGGGUUACGGACUACUGACACUUGCUGAUGACGAGUGUCUCAUCCUGAACGAUGUGCCACCUAAGGAGGGUGGCGUGGUUGCUACCAUCGGUGCAGGCACUGGUCUUGGCGAGUGCUUUUUGACUAAAGACCCCAAAGCGAAAGGUUACAAGUGUUGGGCAACCGAGGGUGGACAUACUGAUUGGGCCCCACACACAGAUCUGGAAGUGGAGAUACUAGCAUACGCACGCAAGAAGUUCAGAGCCAAAGCCCGUGUAUCGGUAGAGAGAAUCAUCUCAGUAUUCAUUUGUCUCAGGCCCUGGAAUUGCGCUCAUCUACGAGUUCCUUGCGCUCAAAAAGUUCCCGGAGAAGGUCACUCCCGCCGUACACGAGAAAUUCAUGAACGGAGGUGCUCAGAAAGGCGGUAUCGUUGCCAUGAACACCAAAGAGUGUGAGUUGUGUGCGCAGGCAAUGGAGAUUUUCUUCAAUGCCUAUGCAUCAGAAGCUGGUAAUGCAAUGUUAAAAUGGCUGCCUACGGGUGGCAUGUACUUGACUGGCGGAAUCAACGUCAAGAACCUGGAGUAUUAUACAAAAAACACUGAUUUCAUCGACACAAUGUUGGAUAAGGGACGCAUGAAUGCCGUUCUUUCGACCUGUCCUAUCAUGGUGGCUAAAACCGAGGAUGUUGGGGAGCGAGGUGCACAUUUGGUUGCAUACCAGCUGGUCAGUGGAAACUAAUAAAUCAAAAUGGUCUGCUUCUAGCGAGAAUAGUUAUGUAGUCUGCGCGUACGAUAAAUGUUGGAAUAAAUAUUCGCCCAACAGCAUAACCCGAAUAUCCCGGAUUGCUAUAUAAUAAUCUUUUAAGCACUCAAAAAAUCUAGUAAAAACCAUUGCCUUCUGUCUGAUUUAGAAGGCUAUGUAAAACC